UGAGCUCAUGGAGCUGUUCCCCCUUUGGGGCUUGAUUUCUUCCGCGAUUUCUCUGUACACAACAGACAAAUGAGAGAACAACAACGGUAACGCAGCGACAAGUGACGCGUUGAAACAGAAAAUAAAAAAGAACACAAAUAAGCAAAAACGACACAAACAAAUGAAUCGGACGCUUUAAAGCGCUCCAAAUAACACAAAUACCUAAUUCUCGUGAUUUAAAGUAAUUGUGGGCGUCUAGGAACUAGUACAUCGCCAGCACUUAGGUUGUGUGUGUUUGCAAGCGCUGACAAAGACGUAGCAGCUGGCACACAAAAUAAGCAUGAACACAGAUCAGGAGACGGCGCCCAUAGCAGCACCGCGCAAUGGAGCUGCAGCUAAUAUGUUUCGCAGCUUUGGCUCAUUAUUUGGUGCUGGCGGUGCGGAUACUACGCGUCCAGUGACACCGCAGUCGGGUGACGGAUACGUUGAGUUCGGCAUGCAGGAUCCGGAACGUAACGGACGCACUUUGGGCACAUUUGCAGGCGUCUUCAGUCCAGUGGCUCUAUCGAUGUUUAGCGCUCUGGUGUUCAUACGUGUGGGUUUCAUUGUGGGCAAUGCUGGCUUGUAUGUAACGCUGUUGCAGUUCCUUAUUGCUUAUGCGAUUUUGCUAUUUACGGUUGCUUCUGUUUGUGCUAUCUCCACCAAUGGCGCCGUAGAAGGCGGUGGCGUCUACUUUAUGAUCAGUCGCACUUUGGGCUUAGAGUUUGGCGGCUCUAUAGGUACGCUCUUCUUCUUUGCCAAUGUAGUAGGCUGUGCCAUGGCCAUCUCUGGCUGCACUGAAGGCAUUAUGGAUAACUUUGGACCCGGCGGUCAUUUCGUGCACGGCGAUGCAGUCUUACGGGAUGGCAAAUGGUGGCGCUUCCUCAUAAGCAGUGUAAUCAAUACAUGCAUGUUGUUGGUUUGCCUGGUGGGCGCAGCCCUAUUUGCAAAGACGUCAGUGCUUAUUUUGGGCACAGUGACCGUUUGUCUAUUCGCCACCUAUAUCAGCUUUCUGGCCGUUGGCGCUAACGAUGAAAUGAUACCGGUGCCCGAGGCGAAUACGCUACUGCCCAAUACAACAACACAUUUGCCCUAUACGGGUUUGAGUUCUCAAACAUUGAGCGAGAAUUUGGCUUCGCACUAUGGCAAGGAUUAUACAUCCAAUGGCAAAGAGGUGGACUUUUCCACAACAUUUGGCGUGCUGUUCUCUGGCGUCACAGGCAUCAUGGCUGGUGCCAAUAUGUCCGGCGAGCUGCGAAAUCCCUCAAAGAGCAUACCAUGGGGCACAUUGUCCGCCGUCUGCUUCACGUUCAUCUCCUAUGUAAUACUCUCGUUCCUGAUGAGCUGCACCACACCCGCCGAGACUAUGCGCAACAACUAUCUGUUCCUGCUGCCUGUUAAUAUGUGGCCACCAUUUACUGCUAUAGGCAUUUUGACAGCCACUUUCUCCACGGGUCUCAGCAAUCUCAUUGGCUCCAGUCGCAUAUUGGAGGCACUCAGCAAGGAUCAAGUCUUUGGCUCGUUGCUAAACUUUGUACUGCGCGGUACCUGGAAGGGCAAUCCCAUAUGCGCUGUGGUCGUCAGUUGGGUGCUAGUCGAGUGCAUUUUGUUAAUCGGCUCGUUUAACAUUAUUGCACAGAUCAAUUCGGUGCUAUUUAUGCUCUCCUACUUGGCCACCAAUCUGGCCUGCUUGGGCAUUGAGCUAACGGGUGCGCCCAACUUUAGGCCACUCUUCAAAUACUUUACCUGGCAUACUUGCCUGGUUGGUUUGUUGGGCACACUCAUCAUGAUGUUUGUCAUUAAUCCGAUUUAUGCAUCCUCCUGCAUUAUACUCUGCUUGAUUUUGGUUAUAGCGCUGCAUCUGUUCUCGCCGGCAACGCAAGCAGCUCAAUGGGGCUCCAUUUCGCAAGCGCUUAUGUUUCAUCAGGUGCGCAAAUAUUUGCUUAUGCUGGAUCCGCGCAAAGAUCAUGUCAAGUUCUGGCGUCCACAGAUCUUGCUCUUGGUCAGCUCACCACGCUCUUGUUGCCCGCUAGUUGACUUUGUCAACGAUUUGAAGAAAAGCGGUCUUUAUAUCAUAGGCCAUGUCAAGAUAGGCGACUGUAAUGCCGGCGAAGAUAGCGUGGAGAAUCAGCAGUGGUGGUCUUUUCUGGAUCACAUGCGUGUCAAAGCUUUCACCGAGGUGACCAUAAGUCGCAGCAUACGCGAGGGUGUGCAACAUUUGAUACGUUUGUCAGGCAUUGGCGCCAUGAAGCCGAAUACAAUUAUCUUGGGCUUCUAUGACAAUGAAGCACCUAAGGAUUUCUUUGAAAACAGUUCUUCGCCCUAUAAAACGGAUGGUUUCAACGAAGGCGACAUACAAAACUUUCCCAUACGACGCGAUGGUGAGCCCAAGCACUUCCAGGUGCAGGAAUAUGUGCAAAUUCUUUGCGAUACGCUGCGCAUGAAAAAGAAUCUGUGCUUGUGCCGCAACUUUCAGCGCUUGGAUAAAAACUUUAUUACCAUUAGCAAGCAUAUGAAGUACAUUGACGUGUGGCCCAUAAAUGUAUUCAAUCCUACCUCGGGUGAUCCUUUUGACAUGGUCUCGCUCUUUAUGAUGCAAUUGGCUGUUAUAAUGCUGGCCAAGUGGAAGCAUCUGCGUGUACGCAUCUUUCUCUGCGAAACCAAUGAGGAGCGCACUGUUGGCACAUUUGAUACGCAAGCACCGCAAAUGGAUGUGUUCUCCAAGCUGAAGCUGGAGCAAUCGCUUAAGGAGCUGCGCAUUAAUGCAGACAUUAUUGAGAUACAGGAAUGGAGUCGCGAUACGGAGUUUACGCGUCAUGCGCGCAUACUCAAGCAGUUUACAGCGCAAGCGGACGAGGCUUGGCUGGAUGAUGGCACUGAGAUAGCAGAGGAUAAGCUAAAUCGGUCGCUUUUAUAUAUGCAACGCGCCAAUCAAAUCAUACGCGAUCGCUCCGACCAAACAGCGCUCUCAUUUAUAUAUCUAGCUGCCCCACCCAAGCCCAUGUUGCCUGAUUUUCAUGACCGAAGUGCCAGCUAUGUGGAACUGCUCACCGAACUGACAGCGGAGCUGCCGCCCACGAUUCUGGUGCAUGGUGUAAGCACAGUAACGUCGACUACGCUCUAAGCGAAAAGCAGAGUGCACACAUUGUAAGCCGAUAAGACCAAUCUGCUCUUGAACGCCCACGGCUUGAUUGUAUUGUAUCUUAUUUACAUAUAUAGAGUUUCCAUGUCAUUGCUUUAUUCA